UCGUAAAACAGACAACAUGUAAGUACCUUGAAGUUUCUUUUAUUAUUUAACUUUGAGCGCGUCUGUCGAUUGUCAAAUGGGAAUGUGGAGAAGCGUCGGCAGAACAUCAUUAUACGUGUGAAGAUUUUAUCGUCAGACGGCGGCAGCGGCUUCUCAGUUUUCAAAACUAUUAAAUGGUAGUUUAACCAUGUACAAUCUGAACGUGAACCUGAAUCCUAGUCCGACGGCUGCCGCGGGUCUUCUCGGUGUCGCGGCGGCCGAGGUCACGCCAAGGACACCGGAAAUCGUAAACUCUGUAAUCGCCAUGACCAAUCCCUUCGAGGGUUAUACGACCAACGAGAGAAGCAGGGACCGUACGGACUCUACGGACAGUGGUGAGCCGAGCCCACCGAGUGUUCAGCACACCUGUAGUCAGCUCAUUAAAGAAGGAUUGAAGUUGACGCUACAGACAAAGAGGCGAGCCAACGGGACCGGUGAGGACACGAAGAAGAAGAAAAGGGAGGACGGGAGCGCGGACGACGAGGAGGAAGAAGAGGCCGGCAAUAACAACAACCGCGGUGGAGUAAGAAAUCUUCACAUACUGUUUUUCGUUCAAAACACGAAUAAAACAGUCGCGCGACGUUGGUCUAUCCGCGACCUGACGCCGGAGGACGAAGAGAGGCGUCGAAGAAGACGCGAGAGGAACAAGAUCGCCGCGACCAAGUGCAGGUUGAAGAAGCGCGAGAAGACGGUGACGUUGGUGCACGAAUCGGAGAUCCUCGAGACGCAGAACCACGACCUGAAGUCGCAGAUACAGGAGUUGGAGACGCAGAGACGCAGGCUAGUGGACAUGCUCAGCCUCCACGGACCGACGUGCAUAAAGCAAGGCGGCCCGGAUAAUUCGUAUCAACAGUUUGCCGAACCGCUUCCCAGUUAUCAGGAGAAUUUCGUCCAGCCGCCGCCGGCGUUGAACCAACCUCAGAACUGUGUGACGGACUACCCGGUGAAGGUGGAGGAUUACGAGACCGAGUUUUACCGGCAAGAGAGUCCCUUUGUACCGACCACCACGGACACUGGUUGCACGGUUUAGUACUCGUUUCAACGAUACGCGCCAUUUCGAGGAGCGGUUUACUCGUUCGUUUGACGACGGACAGACACGACUGUGUAUGCAUUCCAAGAAGACGCGAGAAAGCAGGAACGAUUUUUUAUUGACGAGCGGUAAACCGCCCUUCCUCUUCCUCCUCCUCCUCCUCCUCCUCCUCUGUCAAUCGCAAGUCUGUAGCUCGUAAGUUGUUACAUAAUAGUAUACCCCCGUUUGUCCUUCUUCAUCUUUGUCUUUCUUCACAUAAUUCUUUUUUAACGCGUCCCUUUAUACUCGUACGUUCAACGCUUAAAGACAUUCCUUGAAAAGUAACACCCUUCUUCGAAAGUAAGUUGACCGAUUCCUUGAACGUAAGUACUGUGACAUUCUAAGACUCGUAAUUAACGAGACGUAAGAUGGAGACGCCUUUACGAUGCCCGGACUCAAAAUCAACAUUUUAGCUGUAUAAGAAGCUGCUGGUUGCAACUGUUUCGUUCGCGUUAUUUAUUUUUUCGCUGAAAUUAAGCAAGUAUUCAUCGACAAGCUGAGGAUCGCAAAGGCGUUUCGCGUUGAUUUAAUAAGCAAGGUCGAGGAAAUUCUUUUACAAACGGAUGGGUCGCGUUCGGUGCCUUUUAUUUUUUACGCGACCACUUCGUAUCGAUAUUCAUCGAUCAGUGACGAGAAAAGUUUGUGUCUCAAAACUGUAAUAAUAAGUCUUCUGAUAUUGAUUGCGACUGUCUCUCGCGUAUAUCGGUACGCGAAACGCGUUUUCAAAUCGAUACUUGUGUAAUUUAUACGAGCAAUCGAGAACCACGUAUUUAAUUGCUAAUUAAAAUGUUGCAUAUUUUA